AUGUCCUCCCCGGCACCUGCAACCUACCUUGGUCGGAAACGUACCAAAACGUUCACUGGCUGUUGGACAUGCCGCUCAAGAAGGGUUAAAUGUGAUGAGACAAAGCCACACUGUUCUCCAUGCAAACUGAGGGGUCUUGACUGCCAGGGGUAUGGUGUUCGCCUUCAGUGGCUUCCCUCCGAGACUGUCUUUCCCUCUGAGCCCAGCUUAUCAUGCAUUGACCUGGCCAAUUAUGGUACAAAUUCCAGAUCAUUCAGACGACAGGUUCCAACUUCACCUGUUCAAAGUGUCCUACCAUGGAGCCAAGUUGAGGGUAUUCUCAAACUCAUCGAUUCCGUAGAGCCUGGAUCAUCAUCCUUUUUGGGGGGUGAUCUAUGCAUCAAUGUUGAGAGCUUUGGAGUAUUCGAUUCGAAUACGCUGUCAAAUGUCGGCCAUCAGAGCCGCGUCGGAGACUACCUGGUGCCGGAAGACAUACGUGAAGAAGAGUCUGGCCAGAUCAUCGAGGCAGAAUUUGCAACAUCCACUUCCUCCCCAGGCACGCAAACCUCUGAGAGGCCGCAACUUCUGCCAUCGCCUUCACAUUCUGAGACAGAAGCAGCAUGGGAAUUAUGCAAUCUCCAUGUCCAGCAACAUCUACAGACGGAAUUAGGCCAUGUAGGUCCAGCCGAGGCCACAGAUAAUCCAACCGACCUUCAGAAUGAGGAACCUACGAUUGCAGUGUCAUCACCUCUGUCAUCACCUCGCCGGAGGCUUGGGUACAGUUUCUCCACCGAGCCUUCCCGGACACCGACCUUUUCGAUCUCUGACCGAGAAAGGUUUCUCAUGCACCACUACGUGCAUAGAGUUGUCAACAUAUUCUGUGUCAUUGACAACGCAAAGAGCCCCUGGAAGACGAUCCAUCUGCCCCGAGCUAUCCAAGGAGCCGGCGAGUUGAGUGUGAUGGGCGCAACUUCGAGGAUUCGCAACGCCUUACGGAAUGCGUUGCUCUCCAUCAGUGCCUAUUACUUCUCAAAUGUUCAGACAUCGGGAACAAGGCUUGAAGCAGAGUCGAAAUGGAUUGAAGCAGCAACUCUCUAUCGUUACAAUGCAAUCGGUUUGCUGAAACAGGCCGUGGAAGUUGACCUUCAUGCACCUGGAAGACCAAAGUACAAAGAGUUCCUGGCAACAAUGUUGUCCAUGAUCACAAUCAACGUAGGUGGCAUCCUUGUCUCGUCACAAGCGGCAGACAGAAGAUGUCUACCCGGCGGUUUGCGUAGCAAGCCGCAGAUACGUUUCUCAUCUCUACUUCACCUAUGCUUGUCUUUUUCCCAAGCUUCAACCUACAGUUUCGAUCAUUUCCGUUACCUCUUUAAGCUCUGUUCGAGUUCCAUCAUAUCUUACUGA